AUGUCGCAGAACAAUCAACAGAAAGCCAGAGAUGCGAAUGCGUUCUGGACCCAAAAGAAGAAACCGAUGGCUUUCGAGGAGAUACUAGAAUCAAGACUGAUUACUUCAGCUAAUCCAACAUAUAUCAAGAUAACGAAUUUUCUCGAUUCUCUCUAUUUAUACAAAGUGGUAGCGGCUGUGGCUUUCGUCGGAGAGAGCAGGAAGGAGUUCCGUUUGAAAUGGAUCAGAGGUAAAAUAGGACUAGUGAGUCAAGAGCCUGUACUGUUUGCUUCGAGCAUUAAAGACAAUAUAUCUUAUGGAAAGGAUGGCGCAACAAAUGAAGAGAUCAAAGCUGCAGCUGAGCUUGCUAAUGCUGCCAAUUUCAUAGACAAAAUGCCUCAGGGACUUGACACCAUGGUCGGCGAGCAUGGAACUCAAUUAUCAGGCGGUCAGAAACAAAGGGUUGCGAUUGCAAGAACCAUUCUGAAGGACCCUCGGAUUCUACUUCUUGAUGAAGCCACUAGUGCUUUGGAUGCAGAAUCCGAAAGGAUAGUGCAGGAAGCACUUGAUAGAGUAAUGGCAAACCGAACUACUGUUAUUGUUGCUCAUCGUCUUAGCACAAUAAGGAACGCUGAUACAAUUGCGGAAAUUUCCCUCCGACACCUUGCCUAUCUUAACAAACCUGAGAUCCCCGUGCUUACAAUUGGUUCAAUCUCUGCCAUUGUUAAUGGAACCAUCUUCCCCAUAUUUGGAAUUCUCCUAUCAAAUGCAAUAACUACAUUUUACCAGCCACCCCCAAAGAUGAUGAAGGAUUCUAAGUUUUGGUCGAAACUGUUUUUAGUACUUGGUUUCGUUUCGUUCAUUGGGUUUCCAGCUAGAACAUAUUUCUUCGGUUUAGCAGGAUCAAGAUUGAUAAGAAGGAUACGGCUUAUGACUUUCGAGAAAAUUGUGCACAUGGAUGUUGGAUGGUUUGAUGAGCCUGAGAACUCGAGUGGAGCUAUCGGAGCUAGAUUAUCAGCAGAUGCAGCGAUGGUCAGGGGUCUCGUUGGCGAUACUCUUGCUUUGGCUGUUGAGAAUGCAACUACUUUAGUUGCUGGUCUGGUUAUUGCCUUUUCUGCAAACUGGCAAUUGACUAUGAUUGUAUUGGCAUUGUUGCCCCUCAUAGGACUUAAUGGGUGGAUUCAGAUAAAGUCCAUGAAAGGAUAUAGUAGCGAAGCAAAGGUUUGUCAUGAUAACUCUAUCAAAAUCAUUUAUUUGAAUAUUUAUUACUUCUAUGAUGGCAUUCCUUCGUUGAGGUGAGAGAUUGGGUGAAAGAUAUCUAAGACAAUGCAUACAAGAUACAAAAACUAGAGAUGUAAUACUGCUAGAUAGAACACCCGAAAAGUAUUCCAGACAAGUUUUC